CAGAGACACAGGGAGGCCCGGCUUCGUGGCUGGAGCCCGUCCAGGAGCUCCCUGAGUCCCCUGGGCUGGAGCUACAGUCGGUGUCACCUGCUUCAGCCCCUGCAGAGCCGGAGGAUGUCCCAGGAGUGGCCCCAGCCCCGGAGCCUGGCCCUGAGCUGGAGCCCUAUGUGUCCACAGCAGAGUCUAGCAGGUCACUCAUCUUCAGAUUCCCAUGGGCGGGCUGACGACUGGGGACUUCCUAUUCGGGAGGAUGGGAGAGAAUGGGGUCCCAGGACACACCCAGGGUCAGGAAGGGGGAGGGGCAGGUGCCUGGACAGGCAGGGGAGUGCACAGCGGCCAGGCCCACACAAGGGUGGACCGGGAGGGCAGUGUGGCUGGGAAGACCAGGCUUCUUACUCUGCCACCCCCCGGCCUUCCUCCAGCCCCAGGACGGGACGGGCUAGGCGCCUUGCCUGGGAGCCCGAGCAUGUGCCCAGCAUCAUCUAUGCCAGCCAGCUUUCAUCCAUCCUGGUGGGCCAAGUCCUCCACCACUUGGUCCAGGAGGAGCACCUGGGGCCCACGGUGGCAGAGCUGGAAGACCCACGGCAGACGCAGCUGGCUCCAGAGACACAGGGAGGGCCGGCUUCGUGGCUGGAGCCCGUCCAGGAGCUCCCUGAGUCCCCUGGGCUGGAGCUACAGUCGGUGUCACCUGCUUCAGCCCCUGCAGAGCCAGAGGAUCUCCCAGGAGUGGCCCCAGCCCCGGAGCCAGGCCCUGAGCUGGAGCCCUAUGUGUCCACAGCAGAGUCCAGCAGCCCCAGGACGGGACGGGCUAGGCGCCUUGCCUGGGAGCCCGAGCAUGUGCCCAGCAUCAUUGAUGCCAGCCAGUUUUCAUCCAUCCUGGUGGGCCAAGUCCUCCACCACUUGGUCCAGGAGGAGCACCUGGGGCCCACGGUGGCAGAGCUGGAAGACCCACGGCAGACGCAGCUGGCUCCAGAGACACAGGGAGGGCCGGCUUCGUGGCUGGAGCCCGUCCAGGAGCUCCCUGAGUCCCCUGGGCUGGAGCUACGGCCGGUGUCACCUGCUUCAGCCCCUGCAGAGCCGGAGGAUGCCCCAGCAGCAGCCUCAGCCCUGGAGGCAGGCCCUGAGCUGGAGCCCCAUGAGGCCUCGGGCCCGGGUCCCAUGACACCUGCAGGAAUGGCACCAGGCCCGGCAGAGCCAGAGUCAGACCCGGAGCCCACCAGGCCCUGUGUCACGAUCACCCGGGACGUGCCGAGGAAGGAGGAGCGGACCAUCCUGCAGUUCCCUGCCCACCUGGUAGCCGAGCAGCUGACCCUGAUGUGUGCGGUGAGUGGAGCGGGCUCUUGGGGCCGGGGGUAGGCCUUCCUGGGUCACGGGCUGCCCCAGACUUGCCGCCCCUGACGUGGACUCCUGUGAUCUGGGCCCACGUCCCAGAUUCCCCAUGGACUCACCAUGUGCCCUGAGAGACUCUCCUCACCCCCAAGCCUUCACUGACCACACGGGGACAGUAGGGCUGGCACUUAGGGGUCCUUGCAGACCAAUUAGGUGGAGAGGA